CCUCAUGUGACAGGUUCCUGGGAACAUAUAAACUGAGCCUGGAGCUGCAGCCAGCCUCAGAGCACCUGCUGCCAUGUGGAUGCUGGUACCCGUCACCUUUGCCCUCAGGCUGCUGAGCGCCUUCGUGCAGCCCCUGGGCUCGCUGGGCAGCAGCCUGGGGCCCCUGUUCCUCUGGCUCCGGGCAGCUUUCUGGCGGGCAGGGGGUGAUAGGAGCCGGCAGCAGCUGCAGGGUAAAACCAAAGCUGGGGAGCCCCCGAGGGCACAGGAGGACAGCCAUCUGCCCACCACCCCCACCAGCGUCAAUUACCACUUCACCCGCCAGUGCAACUACAAGUGUGGCUUCUGCUUCCACACAGCCAAGACAUCCUUUGUGCUGCCCCUGGAGGAAGCCAAGAGAGGCUUGUGGCUGCUGAAGGAAGCGGGUAUGGAGAAGAUCAACUUUUCAGGCGGAGAGCCGUUUAUCCACGACCGGGGCGAGUACCUGGGCAAGCUGGUCAGGUUCUGCAAGGAGGAGCUACAGCUGCCCAGUGUCAGCAUCGUGAGCAACGGGAGCCUGAUCCGGGAGAGGUGGUUCAAGAGCUAUGGUGAAUAUCUGGACAUUCUUGCCAUCUCCUGUGACAGCUUUGAUGAGCAGGUCAAUGUCCUUAUUGGCCGUGGUCAAGGAAAGAAGAACCAUGUGGAAAAUCUCCAAAAACUGAGGACGUGGUGCAGGGAUUAUAAAGUGGCCUUCAAGAUAAAUUCAGUCAUCAAUCGCUUCAAUGUGGAAGAAGAUAUGACAGAACACAUCAAAGCUCUGAACCCUGUCCGCUGGAAGGUCUUCCAAUGCCUCUUAAUUGAGGGUGAGAAUGUUGGAGAAGAUGCUCUGAGAGAAGCCGAGCAGUUUGUUAUCAGCGACGAAGAGUUUGAGGAAUUCUUAGACCGCCACAAAGACGUGUCCUGCUUGGUGCCCGAGUCUAACCAGGAGAUGAGAGAUUCCUACCUUAUUCUGGAUGAAUAUAUGCGCUUCCUGAACUGCAGAAACGGGCGGAAGGAUCCAUCCAAGUCCAUCCUGGAUGUCGGGGUAGAAAAAGCCAUAAAAUUCAGUGGCUUUGAUGAAAAGAUGUUUCUAAAGCGAGGAGGAAAAUAUGUAUGGAGCAAGGCGGACCUGAAGCUGGACUGGUGAAGCUGAGAGCUGAGCGACCUUCUGCCACCUGGUGGGACCAGACUGGGACUGGAUGCAGCGGCCCCAUCAGCCCCGCUUCAGGUUGGCGCUUCUCAGGGGCCCCAAAUCCGAUUUUGAGUUGCACCUGGAAUCUGAUUGCUUGUGGUCACUGAGCACAUAACUCAGAUAAUCGAUCUUCUUAGACCAUGCAAGACCAUUAACUUUUGUUAAUUAUUUUAUUUUGGAUUUGAUUUCUGAGUAGUGUUUACUGUAACCCCUGUAUGUCCAUUUUGAA